AUGGAACCGUUCGACACGGAGCCCGCCGGCCUGCUCAUCCACAAGGACUUCAUCUCCCCCGCGCAAGAAGCCGCGCUCAUCCAACUUUUCCAGACGGAGCUCACAUGGCCGGAGCGCAAGGGCCGGCGCUCGCUGCACUACGGCUACACCUUUAGCUACCGGACCUUUGCGGUGGACCUGGACGUGCCGUACGCGCCGUUUCCGGGGUGGCUGACGGCGCUGCUGCCGUCAGACGAGGCGGGCGGCCCGCGGCGGCCGCCGGACCAGGUGUGCGUGCAGCACUACCCGCCGGGCACGGGCAUCCCGCCGCACGCGGACACGCACGGGGCGUUUGACGACCGGCUGUACGCGCUGUCGCUGGGGGCGCCGGUGGUGAUGCAGUUUGGGCGGGCGGGUGGGCGCCGGGUGGACGUGGACGUGGCGCCGCGCAGCAUGAUGCUGAUGCGCGGCGACGCGCGGCUGCACUGGACGCACGGCAUCCGCGCGCGCAAGACGGACACGCUGGGCGAGGUGCGCCGGCCGAGGGGCGACCGCUGGAGCAUCACGUACCGCUGGCUGCGCGCGGGCGGCGAGUGCGAGUGCGGCGACGAGGCGCUCUGCGAUACCGCGCAGCGCAGGGCCGGCGUGGAGCGCGCGUACCGCUGGAAGGAGCAGCUGCAGGCCGGCGGCGCGGCGGCGCCCAAAGAGGAGCCGUGA